AAGAAGGAAGGACUAUGCAAUAUGAGCACACUGCCAUGACUCAGUACUCUUGCAUGGAGUGUGUGUGUGUUCUGUGUGUGAGUGUGUGAUGCAUGCUCUCAGGCUAACUAGCUCUGUAUGCAUUGAGUGCAUUGGUAGCAACCGUCCCUGGCUCUCCUUGCAUUUCAUUUCAAAUGUGGUGUGAUGUGCAGAUCAGGAUCUGGGGGAGUAAAUAUUUCAUUGCAGCCCAAACCAGAAUGUUUUCCAAAGUGAUCUUCAAAUGAACCAGUGACAAGAACUGCCAUCAAACUCGUUGGAUUACACUUAUCUUCAUCUUUAAUACUUGGAUACCAAUCUGGAAUUAAAUCUUGUUUAACGACUGAGGAGCCAUUGCCUUCCUGAACCAUUCGGGUGAUUCUGUGGGAGCGCGAUAGCUAGAGGGCUGGCAGCUCGCUAGCUAACCAGCUAGCUAUCACCGGGUAGGGAGGCUCUUCAGCCGUUGUCUUGACACCACGGUUCGUUCCGGCUUCAAACUGACUCGCUACCACACUGUGGAUUUAAAUGCAGUGUCGGGAUUGGAAGACAGCAUGGCGGAGAAAGCGUCUCCUCAUAAAAAGGAAAAACAACCGCCAUUAAAAAUGCCGCAGUCAGCCAAACCUGAGAGCAAGACGUCUCUCAAAAGAAGACUCUUCAACACUAGCGUCAAUGGAGAGGAAGACAAGAAGGCGAGUAAGCCUGCUCCUAAGCGUAAGAAGCCUGGUUCCCAACCUGGUAGUCCCACCCUCCUAGGUACACCCGGUAGAACCAUCCCUCUAUCAGAACGGCAGCAGCUUGCUCUCCUGAUGCAGAUGACAGCCAAUGAAAAUGAAAACAGUAAUCCAGUACCAGUGCAAACACCUCAGUCAAAGACCGCUCAUAACCCAGCCACACCAAACAGCUCAGGUGGGGUGAAGAACAAGGUGAACAAGCGCAAUGAGAGAGGUGAGACUGCUCUUCAUAUGGCUGCCAUCAAGGGUGAUGCUCAGAUGGCCCAUAAUCUCAUCAAACAAGGAGCUGAAGUCAACGUCCAAGACUUUGCUGGUUGGACUCCACUCCAUGAAGCGUGCAAUCACGGUUACUAUGAUGUGGCCAAGGUACUCAUCAAAGCGGGUGCUUCGGUCAACACCAUGGGACUUGAGGAUGAUACCCCUCUUCACGAUGCAGCUGUUAAUGGUCAUGUCAAGGUUGUUAAACUUCUCCUGAAGCACGGUGCCAACCCGCUCCAGAUGAACAAGAGAGGGAAACGCCCUCUGGACAUCGCCUGCUCUACAGAGAUCCACUCCCUCAUGAGGUUAGAGAUCAUAGCGUCAAGUAGCGACAGCUCGGAUCAGGUCAUAAGAUCACCGUCAUCUCCAGAGAGUAUGGCCUCGCCUCAUCCCAUUAGUGUUCAUGGCAAUCUCAACAACAAGGUGGUGAAGGCUGGUACAGAACUACCUGAAGAUCCCUAUGAAUUCACCCAGGACAGCGGGAGCAGUGAGCAAAAGAUCACCAUCCAUUGGGCAUCACCUGACAAAUCUGGCAAGGGUGCCAAUGUGAUGGAAAUAACAAGAACAAUACCCAAAGUGCGGGACAUCGCCGCACCCAAUUCCGUGUCAUCGACCACCACUUCGGAGAGUGAUCUCUUUGAUCCGCAUUUAACGUCUACAGCCUCUAAGUUGGAAUGUGUUGAGGAGGAACGAAGGCAACCAAGUCCGUCCAUAACCACCUCUGUGGCUCCCAUAGAGAGAACUAUAGACUCUUUACCUGUCACAAGAGUGACGUUGACAGAGGUGAAAGAGGACUCAGAUAGUUGUGUUAGUGAGACGAACCUGUACAUAUCGGAUGAUUCCAAUAUGGCAGGGGAUAACAAAGACGGAAGUAAAGCUGAUAGUACUACAGUCAAUGGUGGCAUACCCUCAUGGAACUUUAAGAGCAAAAUCAAUGAGAAUGGACCAUCAGGGAAAGUUGUGUCUUCACUCAGGAGUGAAAACUCGAGGGUAUCGUGCAGCGCUCCAAGUCCUCAGACAGAUGGGCAGUCGGGUACUGAUAGCGCAGCAGUGGUGUCCCCGUAUGAUUUUAAUGCAAAUGAGAAUGAAGUGAGAACUAUGGAAACUACCAUUACAAGACCAGAGCCUGUUUCAAGUAGAAAUAAGUUUUCUCCCACGAGAUCCUCACCUGUACAAAGUGCACAUACAGUAUCUUCAAAACAUUCAGAGUCACCGACCGUGUGUGAUUCAUUGUCUGUGCAACAGGAGUCUGUGUCGUCAAAUUGUGUGCAAACUUCAGGGAUUCAUAGUCCAGGUAAACAGUCCUCAGGGCACGAGAGUGAACGUUCAGAACCUGAUAGUGAUCAAAGGACAGAAUCUAGGAGGGAAUCUCCCUCACAAAGCAUUCCCGAUUCAAGAGAGAGGAGCGAAUCAGACUCAUCACAUGAAACCAAGCACCAUGGGAAGGAGAAGACGAAAAAACAUCGUGACCGUUCGCAAAAGAGCCAUAAAAGGCAUCACCGGCAUCAUAGCCACAGUUCAAGGAAAGAAGAAAAAAUGGAUACUUCGGAGGAGGCUACAACAUCCACCCAGUCUGCUUCAGAUCAGGUCAAAGAAGACUCUAAUAAAACUCAUGAGAAAGUUUCAUCACCGCAAAUUACUGAGGAGACACAAGAACAAUCAUCUAGGAAGUCCCCAGACAGGAAAUCACAAUUCUCAGCUGUAGCUAGGGAAUACUACAUUGUUUCACCUCCAUCAUCUGGUGAUAAUGCAGGAGAAAUCAAAUCAUUAUUAUUAAGGAUUAGCAGUGAUGCGUCUCAUAAAUCCAAAGAUAAUACAUCAUCUAGUACUUCAUCUGUGUCGUCCACAAGUGCCUCAGGUUCAAAUAAUGGAAAUCAUAAGAAUGAUACCAAAUCAUUGGGCAAUGCGAAUGAAAGGACUAGUGGGUCAAAUGGGGAAAAUGGCAAUGCUCGUAAGAGUCCCGUGAACAAGGAAGCAGAGCGCAGGCGCUCUCCGGCUAGAGGAAGCCCUGAUGUAACCUCAUCAGUCAAUGGUUCAGGGAGAUCGGGCUCCCCGAAGGGUAAUGAAAAAUCCACAGAUAAAGUUGAGAAGAGUGAAAAGAACAGUGAUAGCUCAACAUCCUCUACCACCUCAACUGAGGAAAAACAACCUGCAAAAGUAACAAGGACUUUGAGAUCGAACUCGGCAUUGACCACUAGCAGUGACAGUAAUGGCAAUGAGGAAAAGAAGGAGGAAAAGGAAAAGCCAACCUUUUCCCAGCCAAUGACACGGAGCCGGCGCAACCAGGUGGAAGCAGCAGCAGCAGCUGCUGCAUCAAACACCAAUGCAAAUUCAACCAACAACAACACAGAGGCAAACAUGGAAUCCCAUCCAAGGAAACGCAAGUUGGCCCGUCACCGGCAGAACCAACAGAUGGAAGAGGCCAAUAAUGUUCCUGCAGCACCCCAGGAGAAGACGAACUCCAUUGAGGCAUUCCUCAAUAUCAGACAGCAGGUGGCAGAGAGGCAGAAGACCCUGAUGGCAUCUGUGCAACCCAAACCACCUAAUGGAUACAAAGAAUACCUCAUGUUCAGGAAGAACUACCUCCUGCAGUCUGACCCGGAUAACAAGAUCGGUCAAGUCAUUCCAAGGAUGUCUGCACCAGUUAACCUGACAAAUGGACUGUUGAGUCAGUUCUCUGAGCAGGAGAAGAUUCGACAUGAACUUCGUCUUAGACAUUACAUAGAAAGGGAGAAGCUGAUGUUGGCUGCAGAGCAGGACAUUGUGAGAGUCCAUGGACGAGCUGCGAGGGCGCUUGUCAACCAGACCAUCCCAUUCAGUGUGUGUACAGUUCUCAAGGACAUGGAGAUAUACAACAUGCCUGAUCCUCUGCCUCUGGAGGAGAAGGGCAAUAUCAGGCAGAGGUUCAAUGGACGUCAGUUUAUCUCUUGGUUACAAGACGUGGAUGAAAAAUAUGAAAAACUCAAGGAGGAGCUUUUACAGCGUCAUCAGCAUGAGGCAGCUUCACUCUACGCCAUUCAGAAACUAGAAUGGGAACUCAAGCUUCAAGAACUCAAGCAAUGGGAUUCCAAGAGCCCUCCUCAGGUCCACUCAAGCCAUGUACCCAUUGUGGAAGUCAACAGAGACUUUGACCUGUUGCCUGCGUGACGUCCCAAUCGCUUCACCCAAACCAUUAAUGGUCUAUGGGCAUGUUCGAGGUAUCCAGGGCUGCCGAUCCCAAGCAGGCUUUAUCGUAUCGCAUCACUAGAAUUACUUUUCUCAAUAUAGGAUCAUGGGUGGGCCCAACAAUGUCACCAGCCACUUGUAACGAGAGGAUGGUUCACCGUUGAGGUCUACUGCCAUCUUUUCUUUCCAGCUUGACAACACAGUAAACCAAUGUGGACAUUUCAUUAUAAACCUAAUAUCUCAUGGGUCACCAUAACGAGCAUACAUUGAUUCAAAGAUUGUGUGGUUGCAUAGUAUCCACCAAAACUAAUACUUGUUACGGGACUUCAUGCAGCAAAAUAACUGGAUUGACAUCAUUUGAACCUGGCGCUGUCAGAGACCCAUUAUUCAAAAUUGUUCUGUUUGAGCAAAUUGUUUGGCCUCUUCCAUCAUGACAACUAUUUUAUUUCUAUACCUUUAGGGGUAGUUUGAGCCUGAGGGACUUGUUCCCUUUUGAAGUACCAGGGCCCUGUAACAUAAAAAGAUACAAUCAACUGUACAAUGAAUUAUGUCAUUAGUCUAUGGCAGUCCAUGUACAGAAAUUGUAAUCAAUUGUAAAUUUUGAUUGUUUAGUUUUAUGUUGCACGUUCCUGUUGUACUUAAAUCACUGACUGUAGGUAAUGUUAAAGCCAAAUAUUUUGA